AUGUCCGAAUGUCACACACUUGAUGUUCAUGUGGAGUUCAGCACAUUGUCAUCGCGUCGACAUUUGUUAGAGAUGUUGGAGCAGCUGCUCACACACCAAUCCACAUCCCAACCCAAUGGGAGUCAACCCAUCCGGCUGUCCAAUCAGGUGCAACUGGCAUACAGACCGUAUAAGCAUGCGGUUCUCCUGCUUGUCGACGACAUUCACGCCCUGCGACGUCUGUACGCCGGACAACGUGCCACCAGCAAUCUGUCGUACACGCUCAUCUACAUGUUGCAACCGCAAGCUGCUCUCGCCAUGCAACUUCUGUGGCAACUGAGUGUGCUCAAUGUCGGACUAGUUCGUCUGCAGCCCGGGAAUGUUGAGCUGUUGCAGCUGUUGAGCUAUUUUCCGUAUAAACAUGAUUGUCAUCGGAUUCGCGCCAGUGUUGUGAAUCAGUUCCAGCUGCCGCUAGCUAAAUGGUCCACAGCUGUCUUUUUUCCCGCCAAACUGGGCAACUUUUAUGGCUGCACUUUGACCUGUGCCACCUGGCCGGAUAUGCCCUAUCUCGUGCGACGUCCCGACGGCGCCUUUGUCGGCAUCGAGGGUGCUCUGCUCCAGUUCAUGGCCGACAAUCUCAACUUCUCGGUGGGCAUCUAUUGGCUGAACAAGUCCCAGGUGCGCGACACUUUCAACGACUCCGGCUGGAUAUUCGAACAGAUUUUUAGAAGCGCAGACUAUGCACUCGGAGGUUUCCACUACAAGCCCAGGGAUGGCGGCGCUGCCAAAGAGAUGCCCUAUUCCCAAUCGACGUACUACUUCAUGAGCCACAUAAUGCUGGUGACGAAUCUACCCAGUGCCUAUUCGGCAUAUGAGAAACUCGCGUUUCCCUUUCAUCCACACUUGUGGCAGGGUAUCGGAUUUAUUCUGGCAUUGAGCUACCUUCUGAUUUGGCUGUAUCAGCUAUGCUACCGAAGGUAUUCCCAGAAUGAACCUGUUCCACAGCACUCUUACUAUCAGUUGCUAGUGCUGAGCAUGGGAGGAACUCUUCAGACAUCGGAGCUACCUCAACGAUCCUCAACUCGGCUGCUGUUUGUGACAUGGUUGCUGUGGACUUUCCUCCUAAGGAGUGCCUAUCAGUCGGGCAUGUAUCAGCUGCUGCGACAGGACACACAGCGUAAUCCUCCCCAGACUAUAGCCGAGGUGCUCUCACAGCGUUAUACGAUUCAAUUGGUGGACGGCAAUGCGGAUCGUUGGCUUGAAAGUCUGCCCGAGCUAAGAACACAGCAAUUGCGACAUUUAGAAGCCAGUGAAUUGCAAUCCUUCGGCGGUUUGGCGGGCAGUAGCGGAACCUCUCAACGUUUGGCUAUUAUAACACCUCACGAGUAUUUCGGAUAUUUUCGGAAGGUGCAUGCGAUGAGCCGAAGAUUGCAUUUGGUAAAAGAGCGCAUUUUCACCCAACAAUUGGCAUUUAAUGUGCGUCGAUAUUCCCAUCUUGUGGGCGUACUCAAUCAUCAGAUAAUGCUGGCCCAUUCCCAUGGUUUUCUCGAGCACUGGACACGGCAAUAUGUCAGCGCUGUUGACGAGCGAGAUGAGAGUAUUUCCAGAAUUUCAGCCAUUCCCUAUGACACUUUGGAUGGUCUUCGACCCGAUGAUGGUACGGAUCCCGUUUUCGAUGAACCCCCGGUCAAGUUGAGAGUCCUCUCGCUCACCGAAUUGGCCGCUCUGUUCUGGCUAACACUCUGGGCCCAUUUGGUCGCCAUUCUUGUCUUUGUUCUCGAACUCCUGAUACAUAAAUAA